UUUAGUGUCAAUUUCUCACUUCAACGUGCAUUGUGUUCUCUUCUUCCUGGUCCAGUGCGAACUUUCCCAUUCUUGGGCGCCCGUAGCGAUGCUAAUAAGCAAGUUACAUCGGCCGAUCUGUCCAACCUGCCAGCAACUUCAUGGUAUGGUCUGAAUUGCGACUGGCGCGACCUUGCUGCAGCCGAGUUGAGGAUUGCUGCUGGUUCUUCGGAGGCAGUUCGAACUAGACAGACUGAACUGGAACUUGAAAGAUUUGUUUUCGCUGGUGAACUCAGUCUCCGUUCCUCGUCGAGUCGGACAUCAAAACGAGAAUCAUGUCUGGUGCAGUCUAAUUUGAACAAAUCCCAACUUAACGGAGGUUAUGCGAAAAGCGCCUCCACCCAAGCUAGUCAGGCCCACACCUUUAGCCAUUCUGAAGGUGAUGACCUUCUGCUUCUUCUUUUGCCAAAUCAGCAUCUUCACUUCCCAUCCGGCAGGGUCGGCUUUUCCUUUGAGCUUGAUAAAGAGACCGCUGAAGCGAACAGCUGUGAGGAAGCGUAUCACCAUUGUGGUGCUUGUAUUGACGAAAAUGGGCAACCAGAAUUUUAUGGUUCGGAAAGAGAAACCUUUCAGAGGUUGUAUCCAGGUUUACUCAAUCCUUCCUCCUGCCAACUCCUAUUCAUCACCGACCGUAUGAUGAUUACCGGUCUCUUACUCUCCAUUAUUCGCUAUCGAGGAAAAGAGUUGCCACAUGGCUCUAACGAAUCCCUUCUUCGAGCCUUCCAUGAAAUAUUCCCUAAGUUACCAGACGUUAUUUCUCGAGCUGGGAUCCUUCGUUCAGCAGCAGAAUUGACAGGUCAUUCAAUGUCUUCUUGCUUGAACGUCAUCCUCUCAAAUUCCCUUCCUUUCGACGGGUACAUUUUCUUUUCUAUUAUUUUUAAUCCUUUUUUAUCUAUUAAUAUGUAA